UCCGCUUCCGGUGAGCCUGAGGUCCGCCCUCUGUGAAAUGCUGAGGUUUGCUGGAGAGCUGUUGAUUAUGUUGACUCACACGUGUUAAGGGCUUUUUGUUUUGUUUUUCAAGAGACUUAAAUCAAAUACGCGUUUAUCGACCUCCUUGUUUAAUGUGAGUUCGCUCAGUUUCUGACAGACUCGUCUGGACUCUUCUAUCGUUUGUGUUUGUUCGUUUAUAAACUCCAUCAGCAGCGCUAGCAGCUAACAGUAACACACCGGUCUGCUCUCAUCUAAGGGUCACUGCACACUGAAAUGUGACAAGAGCCGAGUUUACACAGACACUAAACCUGCUCUUGAACUCAGCAAACCGGAUUUCUCUCAUUUACGCGCUUUUCGUCCACGAAACCGUCAUGGGAGCUUACUUGUCUCAGCCCAGCACGGAGAAGACCACAGGCGACGGCGGGAGCGAGAGCAUGAGCUUCGGCUUCGCGGCCAUGCAGGGCUGGAGGGUGUCUAUGGAGGACGCGCACAACUGCAUCCCGGAGCUGGAUGAGGAAACCGCGAUGUUUGCGGUCUAUGAUGGUCAUGGAGGUGAAGAGGUGGCUUUGUAUUGCUCCAAGUAUUUACCUGACAUCAUUAAAGAGCAGAAGGCGUAUAAGGAUGGCAAACUCCAAAAGGCUCUGGAAGAUGCCUUCCUGGCUAUAGAUGCCCGAAUCACCACACAGGAAGUCAUCAAGGAACUGGUUCAGAUAGCUGGACGCCCUCAGGGUGAAACCGAAAAAGUAGCAGAUGAAGAUGAUGUUGAUAAUGAAGAAGCAGCUCUGCUGCAUGAAGAGGCCACCAUGACAAUUGAGGAGCUGCUUAGCCGCUUCGGACAGAACCAAAACAAAAAUGCCAAAAAGCAGUCUCCCGGUGCCUCUAAAGAGUCUGAGGAUGAAGAGAGAUCUCAUGCAGAGAAGGCAGUCAAUGGUGAGACGGGAAGCAGGGCGUCCGAAGCUGACAGCAAUGGGAAGAAGGCAGCCGGUGCUGGAGAUGCAGCCGCAGGCUCCAAGAUGAGGGCCUGCAGACGGGCGGCUGCGUCUGCGUUCGCUGGGGGCUCUGCUUCUGGUGGGUCCACUGGGGAUGCUGGGCCUUCCUGCUCCUCAUCUGCCGCUCCUGCUCCAGGAAGUGCCAAGUCCAAGUUCUUCGAGGACAGUGAAGAGUCCGAGGAGGGAGAAGAUGAAGAGGAUGGUAGUGAGGAAGAGGACUGCAGUGAGGAGGACGGUGAGAACAGCAGUGAGAACGAUGAAGAGGAUGACACAGAAGAGGGAGAGGAAGAGGAUACCGAUGAAGAGGAGGAAAUGUGCUUGCCAGGCAUGGACGGCAAAGAGGAGCCAGGUUCAGACAGUGGCACCACAGCUGUAGUUGCUCUUAUUCGUGGGAAGCAGCUCAUCGUGGCCAACGCUGGAGACUCCAGGUGUGUGGUGUCUGAAAAGGGAAAGGCGGUGGACAUGUCCUAUGACCACAAGCCAGAGGACGAGCUGGAGCUGAGCAGGAUCAAGAAUGCUGGAGGGAAGGUGACGAUGGACGGCCGCGUCAAUGGAGGCCUGAACCUCUCCAGAGCGAUUGGUGAUCACUUUUAUAAAAGGAACAAGGCUCUUCCCCCGGAGGAACAGAUGAUCUCUGCUCUACCUGAUGUCAAAGUGCUGACUCUCAACGAAGACCACGAGUUUAUGGUUAUCGCCUGUGAUGGCAUCUGGAAUGUGAUGAGCAGUCAAGAAGUGGUGGACUUUGUAAAUGAGAGGUUAAAAACGGAGGCUGGUCAAAACAGACCCCUGUCUGCCAUCAUUGAAGAGCUGCUGGACCACUGCUUAGCGCCAGACACCUCGGGAGACGGCACAGGAUGUGACAACAUGACCUGUAUAAUCAUCACCUUCCCCCCACACCUUGGGAGCAACCGAGGCGAGAGCAGCAAGAAGCGAAAGCCAGAGGAAAGCGCAGAGGAGGAAAACGGCAACGACAGCAAAAAACCCAAAACUGAAUAGAAGUGCCGUUGUUGAAUGCGCUGGUCAUUUUCAGGACACUUUCCCGUUUGAAUACAGACCACUGGGAACGUUUUAAGGAUCGCUCCACAAGAAAGAGCGUUUUAGUUUUAAACAAUUCAAAGACGCAAGCCACUAGAACGGUUAACCCAGACCUGAUUUGUCCCGUAGUUGAUAAUUGAAUAAACAAAGCGCAGUAUGGUAGCAGAGAUGACACACA